CAACGGUUGUCGUGUCGAUCGCAUCACGUGUAUUAAUUCUUUAUUCAAAAAUUGUGUAUAAUUCAUAAGGAAUAAGCAUCGAAAAUAGUGUAGAAUUAUUAUUUAGAUGAUUUAAAUGAAGUGUGUGCGUUAAAUUACCAAAAUAAAGUGACAUUUCGUGGUAAACUUCUAUGUUGUGUUUCAAGUACGAUCAAAACAAAGUUGCACUGACGUCAACGUGUUUGUUCAUUCUAAUUGGAACCUUAUGUGCAGUGAAUACCGUUCAAGACUGUUUGGCAGUCGUUUAUGAGAUUAUAUGUCUUUGUUAGUUACGAAGUGUUUGAAUACUAUGAACCUUAUAGAGAGGUUGAUAAAGGAGGUUGGGAGCAGACCUGUAUUGUGGAACAGAUAUGACAAUGAUUACAAUAACAGAUCGGCUAUGGAUAAAGAGUGGGAAAGAAUCGCUGGAUUGUUGAACAAAGAUAAAGAUUUCGUGAAACAAAAAUGGCGGAACUUGAGAGACCAAUUUCAAAGAGAGUACAAGAAAGUAAAGGUACCUUUCGGCAACCCUACCAAGCCUUACAUUCACUACUACAGAGGUAAAUGGAUAUACUUCGAACAAAUGCUGUUCCUAAAGGAAUGCGAAUUACCACAACCAGAGUCAGAAAUACAAGAAGUAGAAAGUAUAAAAGAAGAAAUAAUUGAGUUUGAAGAUAACAACGUGUUUGGUAAUCAAGUUGAUUAUAAUAAUGAUUCGGAUUAUAUUGAAAUAGAAGCUUCAAUGUCUUCUAAUAAUGAAGAACAGGAAUCACAUUUUAUGAUACUUCCUAAGCUUGAGUUGUUAGAGGAGAAGAGUCCUGAAGAAACUAAUGCUAAUGUUGUUGAUAGGAAAAGGAAAUCGACAGACAGUAUUAAUAAGGGUGAAAGUCAGGUUCCUAUUAAAGUUAAAAGACCUUCAGUAGCGGAUGCUUCAUGUAAUACAGAAGAACAGAAUGAUAUAGAUGAUGAUCUACAUUUUGUUAAGAGUUUAGUGCCAUACUUUAGGAAAUUAAGUCCAAUUAGAAAGUUGUUGGUAAGGAAUGAAAUACAAAGUCUGUUGAUUAGAGAGAGUCUUUGUGAAAAUUGUAAGUUUGGUAAUAAGUCGACACAUAAGUGUUAGUAGUUCAGUAUUUAUUUAAAUAAUAGUUAGUUUUAAUGAAAGAAGCUGUGAUUUAUUAUUAGUUUACAUUUGUACCAUGUGCGUCUUAGAUUCUAAAGUGAAAGUUUAUCGGUAUUCAAUACUGGCAAAGUAAUAAUUAUACCCUUAUUUUAUUAUGA